AUGGCAGGUAACAGUGUGGCGUGGCAGCCCCAAGUUGUAGAUGAAAUGCUACGUUACUACAAAGAGAAGAUUCAGUCUGAGGGAAAACAAGUUGUCUUCAAAGAGAUGCACCAUGAGGAGUUUGGAAAACAAAUCAAUGCAAAGUUUACCACUACCUUCAUGACACAAAGGCAAGUUUAUCAGAAGUUCCACGAGCUGAAAGAUCAGUGGAAGAUCAUAUUGGAGGCGAAGAACUUAAGCGGUGCCAAUUUUGAUGAUGUCAACAAGAUAAUAUUAUAUGAUGAGGCCGAAGUUGUUCGGAUGAAGAGUAACAAAGACAAAAGGGCAAAAUAUAUCAGUGUGCCUAUUGACAACUUCAAUGAGAUGGAGUUCAUAUUUCUGGAUAAGCAUGCUACCGGAGAGUUCAGGGUCCUUCAAACACCCUAUGACCGUGUUCGUGACAAGGAUUUUAUUGGUGACAUCGAGAAGAAUGCGAUUCAUGUUGAGGUUGAUCCUGCAACACAAUAUGAUUCAUAUCAUCUUCCCGAUGGCACCAAUAAUGAAAGCUCAUCUUCAAAGUGUCCUUGA